AUGAUUAAUGCCAGUCCGCCGCAGAAGGGUGGACAGGACGGCGAGUGCCUGGACGUCGCCGGAAGGGUCGUGGUGGCCGUCAAGAUCUCCAAGGUGAUUCCCAGGGCGGCUCUUGUUUGGGCUCUGACGCACGUUGUUCAGCCCGGUGGCUUCAUCACGCUCUUGGUGGUGGUGCCGGCCCAGACUUCAGGUUUUCUCUCCCCUCCCCCCGUUUCUUGGCGCUUCAUUGUGGGAAUCUGGCUCCGACGAUGAUGUUGACGACGAAAUGGUUUGAUUCCUCAGGAAGGAAGCUAUGGGGGUUUCCAAGGUUUGCAGGGGACUGCGCCAGCGGCCACCGGAGGUCCCUCACCGGAACUACCAUGGAAAUCAGGUCUGAUAUUGCGGAUACCUGCUCUCAGAUGAUGCUUCAGCUCCAGGAGGUUUACGACCCUAACAAGGUUCGCUGAAAAACCUCGCGGUUCUUCCUUCUCUGGUCAAAUUAUAGUUCCCGAAACCAUUUGACGGCAUCACUCCUCACACCAUCUAAUUCUCGUCUCCAGACGAAUGUCAAGAUCAAGAUUGUCUCAGGGACACCCGCCGGCGCCGUGGCAGCGGAGUCCAAGAGAGCUCAAGCAAGCUGGGUUGUUUUAGACAAGUAAGGUGUCUUUAGUUUGAGUCUUCGGAGAAGGUGGAAGGUGGAAGGUGGAAGCUUCCAUUCGUGGAUUGAUCUCACGAACAUCCCCCGCCUCUAACAGCUCCUCUACACUCCAUUCACUUCCUUUUCUUCUCUUUUUUCUUUACUAGGCAGCUCAAGCACGAGGAGAAGCGAUGCAUGGAGGAACUGCAGUGCAAUAUCGUCGUCAUGAAGCGUUCCCGGCCGAAGAUCCUCCGGCUUAAUCUUGUCGGCUACCCGCGAGCAGAGAAUCCAGCGGCCUGCUACUCCUUGCCCCCAGAGUUAGAUGUCAUGCUGGAUACCAUGUCGAAAGAUAGCAGCGAUCCGUCGGACUCCAUGCGCGGCCCUGUCGUCACCCCCUCGAGCAGCCCAGAGGUCGGGACAUCUUUCACCACCGAAGCUGGGACCUCGUCGGUGUCAAGCUGCGAUCUUGGAACUUCCCCAUUCUUCGUGUCCAAGUUCAGCAGGAAAUUCAAGAAAGAUGAACCCCCGGGGGCGAAAGAUUGCCGCGCCUCGGAUUCGAGCAGCUCUGGGUCGGACACGGAAAAGUUCAGCCCUCCGAAGAGUUCGGACUUCCAGCCGUGGGCGUCUGAGAUUCUCAAUCUUAAUGGCGGAUCUUCAAAGCAGGUGAGGGUGUUUUCUCAGGUAUCCGCGGCCAAAGCCUUGGCGGCGAAAUUUUGUAAACUCGACCGGGAAGCUGGGAUCGGGAUGAUGAGCUACAAAUCAUCGGAGGCGGACUUCAGCGGGGAUAUCCGAGAGGCCAUUUCAUUGACCAGGAACGCCCCUCAAGUUCCUCCCCCAUUGUGCUCGAUAUGCCAGCACAAGGCUCCCGUUUUUGGGAAGCCUCCGCGAUGGUUCAGCUACUCAGAGCUGGAACUCGCUACAAACGGGUUCUCCCAAGCAAAUUUCUUGGCCGAGGGAGGGUUUGGCUCGGUGCACCGAGGGGUCCUUCCGGAUGGGCAGGUCGUCGCAGUCAAGCAGCACAAGCUGGCUAGUUCUCAGGGAGACAACGAAUUCUGCUCGGAGGUGGAAGUUCUCAGCUGCGCUCAGCACCGGAAUGUGGUGAUGCUGAUCGGAUUCUGCGUUGAGGACCAUAGAAGAUUGCUGGUCUAUGAAUACAUCUGCAAUGGCUCUCUCGACUCCCAUCUUUAUGGUAAUUCCUCGGUUGUCCUCUGUGAAAGUGCUGCUUUACCUAUCGUUAAACUGUUGCAUGGAAAAAUCACUGCAAUUCUGAAUAGUGUAAGAGCGCAGUUAUCUCGAAUAACAUCAAACGUGAAAUCUUUAGGGGCUAGUUCCAUUUAAAUAUAGUGCAAAAAAAAGGUGGUAGCUCACGUAUUAUCCACAAUUCCAUGCAUAUCAUCCCUGCAUUAGAUCUUUUACAAUUGCUUUUCAAGCGCAAAAUCGGUGGGUACCCAACUCAACUAUCGUUGUGAGACAUUGCAGGCCGUAACAAGAAAACAUUGGAGUGGUCUUCUCGGCAGAAAAUCGCUGUUGGAGCCGCAAGAGGACUGCGAUACCUUCACGAGGAGUGCAGAGUGGGUUGCAUUGUGCAUCGUGAUAUGAGGCCAAACAACAUCCUCAUAACUCAUGACUUUGAGUCGCUGGUAUGACUUUCUCUCGACCAUCUUACGAUGUUAUCUGAAACAUCUAUAUGACAGGAUUUGGCAAGAAAUGGGUUUUCUUAUCCAGUGAAAGGAUUGGUGUCGCAUGCUUCAUCUGCACGCAUAGGACUGAAUAUCCUGGGUUAUGCAAAUCUCGUUAAUUUAGCUCUCAGGAAAAUUUUCGCUGUCGCGAAAUUUCUAGAUUUUCUUCUCUUCAAUCCAGUUGACUGCCGAGGAUCGAGUCUUUCAUUUUGUGGCCCACGGAUUAAUUGUAGCAAUCAUCCGUAGAUGGCUUUAUAGUUAUCCUGAAUUAUGCAGCACAUGAUUCAAAAAUUCCCCCCCCCUUGUUAAGCAUGUGAACCAGUGCCUGACGGCAUAUGUUUUCCCUUUUAGAAGAAUCUCUGGACGAAUCGGUGACCUUGGUCUUGUUGCUGUUCCUCAGGUAGGGGACUUCGGCUUGGCAAGAUGGCAACCAGACGGAGACCUGGGGGUGGAGACGCGGGUCAUCGGGACCUUCGGGUAAAUUCACGUUCUUUGAUUCACCUCUCCUCAUGAAGAAGAAGAAGAAGAAAAACAUAACUCCUGAACGCCUCCAAACUCAGGUACCUGGCACCUGAAUACGCCCAAAGCGGCCAAAUCACGGAAAAAGCCGACGUUUACUCCUUCGGAGUGGUGCUCGUGGAGCUUGUGACGGGUCGGAAGGCCGUGGACAUCAAUCGGCCCAAGGGCCAGCAGUGCCUCACCGAAUGGGUAGCUAGCCAAUGACCCACAAGUUCCCUUCUACUGGGCAGGUUCUUCUGCCCGGCGUUUACAUGUUCGUUAAUGUGAUCCAUCGUGCUUGUUGAUUUAUACAUUCAGGCCCGCCCUCUGCUGGAAAAACAUGCGAUCGACGAGCUGAUCGACCCGUGCUUGGGCAACCGGUAUGCCGAGGACGAGGUCUCCUGCAUGCUGCAUGCCGCCGCUCUGUGCAUACGGAGAGACCCCGAUGCGAGGCCGCGCAUGUCGCAGGUGAGCCAGCAAACCAGCAGCCCCCGGUUUUUACAGAGCCUGUUUAAUGGCCAACGCUCUGACUGUCCAUCUUGGGUUCAAAAGGUCCUCCGGAUUCUCGACGGCGACGGCGUUGCGCCACCCAAGCAGCCGCCAACGCCGGGCAGCGAUACGGGGAACCGCUGCGACCGAACGUGGGCGGACCGGCAGCUGCAGAGCCUGCAGCAACGCGGCGGAACCAGCAUGCGCGGAGCUGCCGGCGGAGGCCUGGUGGGGAGAGUCUCCUCCGAGGCCCUGCUAGCAGCCUAUCGGGAGGAGGCGAGGCGGGAAGAAUCUUGCGCCGGUAGCUAA